AUGUCCAGCAGUCAACAGGAAAGUGCAAAGAACUGCUGUGAUGACACACUUUUACUCCUCACUGUCAUUACAGUCUUAGCUGCUGCCCAUCCCCCACUCUGCUGCCCAUCCCCCACUCUGCUGCCCCUCCCCCACCCUGCUCCUCUACCUGCACUGACUUCGCAGGGGGCGGAGUGCAAAGCGCAUGCGCCGGACAGGCAGAGGACGGCAGAACUCAAUUCAGUUCCAUCUCAGAGGAAUAGUCCAGCAACCAAUAUCAAACUGGAAAGGUUUCAGAAGAGGAUUCAGAGACUCAGAAAUCACCAUAACCGCUGUGAAGAACGCUUUUACUCCUCACUUUCAUUACAGAGACAAAUGACUGACAGACCAACACAAAUGGCUGACACUUCACCAGGGCUGGGUGAAGUCUUGGAGAAAACUGAUUCAUCCGACAGCGAAUCCAGCAGUGAUGUAGGCUCAGAGGAAGAGUAUCAUCCCAAUACGCCAGCAUCAUCCAGUGAGGAGGAAUGGGAAAGCCCUGAAAAACUUUCAAGUCAGAAAAAUGGCAAGUACACCAUUAAUAAAGGCAAGAACCCCCAAAAGUAUCAGAAACGAAGAAGUAAACAAAAUACAAAGGAGACAGAAGUGACAUCAACUGUUUCAAUAAAAACGUGCACAAAAAGGGGAGCCAAGAAACGAACAUGGGACAAAAAACAUUAUUGUUUUUACUGCAACAAAGCAAUUCUAAAGAUGGCACGGCACCUGCAGAGGAAACACAUGGACAAAAAGGAUGUCGCCUAUGCUUUCAGCUUUGAGAUAGGCUCCAAGCAACGAAAGGUUCUUUUGGAAAAACUCCGCAAUAAAGGAGACUACAAGCACAACACACAUGUCUUAGAAAAAGGGAGUGGAGAACUAAUAACUUGGAAACAACCCUCAAAGAAAGCUAGUGCUAAAGAUUAUUUACCAUGCCCACACUGUUAUGGAAUGUUUGUGAAGUGGGAUCUGUGGAGACACCAGUCUGUAUGUCGGAGUAAGAAACAUCUAGAGGGUGGCACAAAAAAAACAAGAAGUAGAGUCCAAAGUCUCGCUGCCACUCUGCUUCCAAAUGCAGCUCUGUCAGGUGGAUGUGAGGAUAUCAUUAAUAAGAUGCGGCAAGAUGAUGUGUCUUUUCACAUAAGGAGUGAUGUGUUGAUUUGUAGAUAUGGUGAUGCACUUUAUGCAAAACAUGGACGAGUGAAAUCAAGGCACCAGUACAUAGCACAAAGACUUAGGGAGCUUGGUAGAUUUAUGUUGGUAGCCAAACAGAUGGACAAGACUGUGAAGGUUCUUCAGGAUGUGUGUGUCCCAUCAAAAUUUAAAUUUGUUGUAAAUGUUGCGAAGAAGCUGACAGAGUUUAGUCCAGGCAAAAAUGAAUAUGGAAAACCUUCUACAGCAGUAAAAAUAGGAUUCUGUCUUAAAGGAGCAGUGCAAGUCCUCAUAGGACAGGCACUUAUGAAUGAUGACGACCUUGAAGAGAAGAGAGGUAAAAAGUUCUUGGAACUUCUGGAUAAAAACUGGAAAUGUGAUGUGUCUGUGAGUGCACACCAGAGUAUUCAAGAGAAGAGAUGGAAUAAACAGGAUGACAUCCCCCUCACCAGAGAUGUGAUGACUCUGAGAAACCACCUCAGAAUGGUGGAAGACAAAGCACGGGAUGAACUAACGCAACAGCAGAGCUUAAUGGCCUACAGGACAUUAAAUGAGACGGUACUGGCACAGGUCAUUGUCUUUAACAAACGACGUGAAGGGGAAGCAUCACGCUUGACUGUUGAGGCUUACAAGAAGGCGUGUACAAACCCCAUAAAUCAGGACAUUUAUGAAACUCUGUCACCUCUGGAGAAAGAGCUGAGUAAGUUACUAACCCGCAUAGAAGUCAGAGGGAAAAGAAGUAGGAAGGUUCCUAUUUUCUUGACUGAAAGAAUGAAGAAUUCAGUUGAUUUGUUAGUUACAUGGAGAGAGAAAGCAGGCGUCCUUGAAGAGAAUCCUUAUCUGUUCGCAAGACCGGGUGUAAUGACAAGUAUUCGUGGAUGCGACUGUCUGCGAAAAUACGCAGUGGAAAGUAAAGCAGAAAACCCUGAACUCCUGAGAUCAACUAAACUACGAAAACAGGUGGCCACACUCUGUCAACUCCUGGAUCUUAGUGAACAAGAGCUGGAACAAGUGGCAAGGUUUAUGGGUCACGACAUCAGAGUUCAUCGGGACUUUUAUCGACAGACGGACAAAACCUUUCAAAUCGCAAAAAUAAGCAAACUUCUGUUUGCAAUGGAGGAAGGCACGAGGUCUUUGGCAGGGAAGAACCUCAAAACAAUUGAGCCAUUUGUCUGUGGUGAAAGUUCCACCUCCACCUCUGAUGUCAUCAGAAGGAAGACAGGCAGAGAAGUAGAUGAAGAUGGAGACCCUGAAAUGUCCUCCACAAAGGGAAUGGACCCCCUCUCUGACAGAGAGACAGCAGGUUCAGACACAGAUGAUGAGGGUGCAGAAAUCCUGCUGACACAGAAGAAUAAACCACAAACAAAGAAAAGACUGAAACGACAUGGAGACCCUGAAAUGUCCUCCAGAAAGGGAAUGGACCCCCUCACUGACAGAGAGACAGCAGGUUCAGACACAGAUGGUGAAGUUUCCACCUCCAUCUCUGAUGUUGUCAGAAAGAAGACAGGCAGAGAUGACGAUGGAGACCCUGAAAUGUCCUCCACAAAGGGAACGGACCCCCUCGCUGACACAGAGACAGCAGGUUCAGACACAGACAAUGUGAGCCAAGGAGUACCGCUGACACAGAGCAAAAAAACACCUCCAAAAAAACAACAAACACCCCCAUCUAAGUCUUCUGUGAAGCGGCCCUGGACUGAGAAAGAGAAGAGUGCUGUGAAUAAACACCUGGGCAGGUUUGUAGGGGAGAGGAAAGUUCCUGGCAAGAAGGACUGCACAGCAUGCAUCGAACAAGAGAGGGCUUUAGCCCAACGGUCAUGGAAGGAUGUUAAAAACUUUGUUUAUAACACCAUUGUCGCACAUAAAAGAAGAGAUGCCUCACGUUUCCUGAAGUUUUGAGGCUGUUAACUCAGAUAUUGUUCUUUCAAAUAUUUACACCAAAACAAAGCAUUUGUGUACGUUCAUGCACUGUAUUUUUGUGGUUUACUCUGGCAGUUCAAUGUAAAAAAAAAAGUACAUUUCUUUUAUUUAUUUUAUUAUUGCAGCUGACUGAAGCACUUUAAUUUAUGCACUUUAAUGAGUAAUAUUAUUACUGCAAUUAUUUGAGGCACUUUAAAAUUGCAGUUUGAUUUAUGUACUUGUUUAUGCAUAAUUGUUGCAGUUUAUAAAGGCACUUUAACCCAUAAAGACCCAAACAUCCACCGUCAACCUAAACCGUCUACUGAUCUAAACUGUUUAAUACCUGUUGAUCCACUAAUCCUAUCAAUACAUGUCAGUAAUUGGAAUUGGAUC